AUGUCUUUGGCCAAGUUAUCAACGGAACUAGACACCAGGAUCUUGGAGUAUCUGCACGAUGACCGGUCGGCUCUGAGUGCCAUGUCAAUGGUAUCAAAGUACUACCGAAGAGCCACAGAGCAGUUACUGUACCGCGAACUCGAAUUUCCGCGUGUUACGGUGAGGCAGAUCAAGUGUCUGGCGUUUACUGUAGCGCAUAGGGAAGAUGUUGCAAAGCACGUCCGCAGCAUCACGAUACCACGGCCAAGAAGAACGGUUCACCCAGAUGACAGCAGCACGUCGGAGGGCUAUGAAUCGGAGACCCUCAAGCUGAUUGGUAAGGCGAAGGCAUUCUGUCCAAGUGCGCCCUUCUUCGACAAGUGGCUGGAAGACCUACGGAGCUGCCAUGUUUUCCACAAGAAUAGCAUUUCCUUCGACGGCCACCUCGCUUUGUUCCUCACGCAAGCCAUCAAUAUUGAGAAGAUCCAACUCACAAUCACGCUUGAUGACAGCCUCGAGAUCUGCCGUAAGGUGAUCAGUCUCGACUGGCAGUCACACAACGCCGGCGCUGCAGCCUACCCCCUCAACAAACUGGAGGACCUGUUCAUUGCCUUCAACCACCUGACGGAUACUCACGCCGAGCUUGACUGUUGCGUCACGGUAGCGCAGUCUCUAAAGCGUCUUGGAUUGCCAAACUUUCAUAUCCAGGGGCUCAAAGUCCGGGGCUCCUGCACCGCUGCACUCGAGGAGCUGCAUCUCCAAGACGCCACCUUGAGGCCCUUGACGUUGGUUAAAGCUCUGAACUCGCGCCAGUUUGGAAAUCUGCGUCGCCUCAAUCUAGACCAAAUUUACGAUCCAGAUGCCCACACCACGGAGGCGUCGUGGUACGGUGAGCCCUUCGACAACCGGGAACUGAGCAAGGCCUUGAUCAAGCACACGCCCUUGCUGGAGGUGUUUGAAUACAGAGGGUACAUAUCUCAGGCUUUUGCAUGGCCCCACGAACUUGAGUCGCUCAAAGGGCUGACCAAACUGCAUACGCUGCGUGUGGACAUAGAUCGUCUCGUUUUGGCCGAUGGAUUCGCGAGAGCCGAGCGCUUCGAUCCUCACCACAUCCUCCCGCCCUCAUUGCGACACCUGGAACUCACUUAUUUGCCCGUCGAGAGGAUACAUGAGUACAGCGUAGAGCUGGAUAAGGUUGAAAAGCGGCCGUCCUCGAUGCAGUUCAUUGUUGACACCUUACUGACCUUUCCAUCGCUCAAAUCCCUCGCUCUCGGUACCUAUACGCUCAAAUAUGAUGCGUGUUGUGUCAACGACGAGAAAAAAUUGACAGAGGCAGCUGUGAAGCUACUCUUGACGCUGGCGCAAGAAUCAAUCAAGAAGUGUAUGACGUUCCAGGUAUACACUGGAGAUGGGCGAAGACGGCCAAAGCGCUAUUUCCUCGAGUAAGACUGACCGGCUAUCGACAAGUCUCCAUGUAUGAGAGAUAAGGAAUAGGAUGACAGACGGAUGUCAAGGUCGAACAGAAUCCCACCAUAUCAGGGUUGGCAACAGAAUACUCGGCACAUGAGUUUUGGCGGUGAUGCAUGCCUUUCGCGCAUUCAAUACAUCAUCGGGAGGUUGCCUAGAUCGGACAGACGGAUUUUCUUGCGAACAAUGGAUCCUUGUUGGACCUCCAGUAGCAGCUUACGACGGGAUGCGGGAUGGUUUCAGGACAAUUCGGUCUUGAGUGGCAGUGAAGUAUCCGGUUG